CGGCGCGGCGGCGGGGGCGUUCCAUCGGGCGGUUGGGGAUGGACUAGCCGCGCCUGGGAAGAUGGCGGCCGCGGAGAGAGCGGAGCAGCCGGGGCAGGCUGGCUCCUGCCCUGCGACUGAGAACGCCGCGUCUCGGGAGCCGCUGAUUGUGACGGCAGUGAAAUUUUUACAGAAUCCACGGGUCCGUCAAAGUCCGCUUGCAACCAGAAGAGCGUUCCUGAAGAAGAAAGGCCUGACAGAUGAAGAAAUCGACCUGGCUUUCCAGCAGUCAGGCACAAGCACGGAUGAGCCACAGUCCCCAGGUCCUUCCACGCAGCCGGUGCCAGCACAGCCUCCUCACCCCGUGGUGUACAAUCCCCCUGGCUCCAGAUGGCGAGAUUAUGGGGCUUUGGCUAUCAUCAUGGCAGGAAUUGCCUUUGGAUUCCACCAGCUCUACAAGAAAUACCUGGUCCCUCUCAUCAUGGGAGGCAAAGAAGACAGGAAACAACUUCAGAGGAUUGAGUCAAACAUUUCUGAGAUGAGUGGCAGCGUGACACAGACAGUGACUCAGUUACAGACAACCUUAGCAGCUGUCCAGGAGCUGCUAAUCCAGCAGCAACAGAAAAUCCAAGAGCUCACCCAAGAACUGGCUGCUUCUAAGGCCACAACUUCCACCAAUUGGAUUCUGGAGUCACAGAAUAUUAAUGAAUUGAAAUCUGAGAUCUACUCUUUAAAAGGACUUCUCCUGAACCGGAGGCAGUUCCCUCCCUCCCCUUCAGCUCCUAAGAUCCCGUCAUGGCAGAUCCCGGUGAAGCCAAGCUCACCCUCCAACCCUGUUGUUGCCAACCACAACAGCAGCAGUGACAUCUCACCAGUGAGCAACGAGUCCAGCACAUCAUCCCCAGUGAAGGAGAGCCACAGUCCCGAGGGCUCCAAGGCCAGCUGUCACCUGCUCAGCACCGAGGAGGCCACCAAGGCCGUCAUCGACGUCAGCAGCCAGGUGCGGAUGGAGGUGCAGGGCGAGGAGGAGAAACGGGAAACCAAAAGGAACGAUGAGGAGGAAGAGGACGAUGAGGAUGAUGAUGUUAGCCAUGUGGAUGAGGAGGAAUGUCUGGGUGUCCAGACUGAGGACCGGCGAGGAGGGGAUGGUCAGAUUAAUGAGCAAGUGGAAAAGCUACGAAGACCUGAGGGAGCCAGCAACGAGAACGAGAUUGACUAAGACAUCCUGGCUGCUGCUGCUGCACAUCAUCCCCAGCCUGCUGCACUGUCCCCAGUGCCUCUCCUGGUUCGGGGAGAGAAAAGCUACCAUUCCCUGCAGUGAUUCUCCCUUGAUUGACCUUGAGCAAGGUUGUGAUUGCUUGGUGAACAACAUGAUUGCCCUCUUUCACCACAGGGCUUUGCAGUCUUGCAGUGGCUUCUUUUCCUCUCCCAGCCCUUCUUCCUGAGAGCUGGGGUCACUGCUGGGCUGGCAGACCGACGGCCUUACCAUGCAGCACAGCUACACAACACACCCUCUCACAGGAGCAGUUGGCCUCUUGCUGCAUCCUAGAGCCCUUCUGUCCAAUUUCAGAAACCAGUCUCUCCUGAGCUCCUUGAUUUCACAAGCCUUUAAUCCCACAUAAGGCCCAAAGCAGUUCUGUUUCCUAAAAUAACCCUGUUUUAUUUCUCAAACUACUUGAUACUCUGUUGCAAAAAUAAAACAAAACAAAACAACCAAAACACCCCCCCCCCAAAAAAAACUAAAAAAAAAAAAAAAGAAGGAGAAGAAAACCCCAACAUUUUAACCUCAAAUUCCUCACCAGAUUUCAGUCUUAGCUCUUCCAAACCUUAUGCCAGGCCUGAAAUUGCUGAACCUACCUAGCAUGUAAAAACACUAAGUUUCUGUGGGGUCAAUUUCCACCCCACAAGCUUACAUUCAUCAGAGUGGCCUGUUGGUAGGGACCAAGUCCAGUUGUCAUGGCCACAGUAAAAUCCAUGAGAACAGGUGGCUUUCUUGAUGAUUGCUCCCCAGUAAAAGGCUUUAGAAGUUGACUCCACUCAUCCCAAUUAUUACCCUUCCUCCUCCAAAGACAAGGAGCUCACAUCAGUUUUUGACAUCUUUUAUUUAUAGCUGCCAUGAAUGAAUGAAUGAAUGAAUGAAUGAAUGAACGAACAAAUGGUUGAAAUCAGAUGCUGAAAUAAUUGGUUAAUUCUGAAUAUUUGCAAUGGUUUUUAGCCUUUUUUUCUCCCUAAAUUACAAGAAAAAUGAUCAUAAAUGGUACCUCUCCGGUGACAGGCUCCUGCUUCAGCAAAGCAGUCUCUCUAGCAGAGAGAACAGCUCCAGUUCUGAGGUUUAACCACUGGCCAUUCUUGCCCAGUCCAGCCUUGUUUUUUGCCCCGUUGGGCUGUAGACAAACCAGUGAAUUUGAAACCUCUCAUUUGCAGCAUUGUGUUUGCAGCUGGUGAAAUGGUGGUGUCCCAUGAUACUCUUCACUGCAUCAGAGCAUCUUAGCAGAGCAAUUCUUGUAACAACCGAGUCUCACUGUCCUCACCAAGCAAGUGUGCUCGUCUGUGUGAUCAUGUAUAGAUUUCAAAUAUAAAAUAUGAUUGUAUAUAAUUGUAAUAAAUAUGAGUUACCACUAUUUAACACCA